AUGAGCUGCCAGGGUAUCGCUCUUAGACGAGUGUCUGUGCUGCUCCUAUGGAAGGGGCUCGCUCUGAGCCUGUUCUGCUGCUGGACGGGGACAGGGGUUGCUGCUGCCGCGGUCAGACCCAGUGAUGACAGCUGUACCGCUAGGCCCAUGGGCUGGCUGCUGUCGGACAAAGGGCCCUUCCACCACUCUUUGGAGUUCACUGAGUCGGUGGAGAGACACCAGCAGGGCUACACUACAAGAUACAAGAUCUUCAGGUGAUCUCUCUCUCUCUCUCUCUCUCUCUCUCUCUCUCUCUCUCUCUCUCUCUCUCUCUCUCUCUCUCUCUCUCUCUCUCUCUCUCUCUCUCUCUCUCUCUCUCUCUCUCUCUCUCUCUCUCUCUCUCAAUUUCAAUUCAAUUCAAUUUAAGGGCUUUAUUGGCAUGGGAAACGUAUGUUAACAUUGCCAAAGCAAGUGAAGUAGAUAGUAAACAAAAGUGAAAUAAACAAUAAAUAUUAACAGUAAACAUUACACUCAGAAGUUCCAAAAGAAUAAAGACAUUUCAAAUGUCAUAUUAUUCAUUUGUUAUAUCUGUGUACAUAUUGUCCAUUAGUUUCUAGUGGAUAGACCAUAUGGUUAAAGAGAAAAUAGCCUACUUAAUGAAAAAAGCAUCUAAUCAACAUACAGUGAGGGAAAAAAGUAUUUCAUCCCCUGCUGAUUUUGUACGUUUGCCCACUGACAAAGACAUGAUCAGUCUAUAAUUUGAAUGGUAGGUUUCUUUGAACAGUGAAAGACAGAAUAACAACAAAAAAAUCCAGAAAAACGCAUGUAAAAAAUGUUUUAAAUUGAUUUGCAUUUUAAUAAGGGAAAUAAGUAUUUGACCCCUCUGCAAAACGUGACUUAGUUUGGUGGCAAAAUCCUUGUUGGCAAUCACAGAUGUCAGAUGUUUCUUGUAGUUGGCCACCAGGUUUGCACACAUCUCAGGAGGGAUUUUGUCCCACUCCUCUUUGCAGAUCUUCUCCAAGUCAUUAAGGUUUUGAGGCUGACGUUUGGCAACUCGAACCUUCAGCUCCCUCCACAGAUUUUCUAUGGGAUUAAGGUCUGGAGACUGGCUAGGCCACUCCAGGACCUUAAUGUGCUUCUUCUUGAGCAACUCCUUUGUUGCCUUGGCUGUGUGUUUUGGGUCAUUGUCAUGCUGGACUACCCAUCCACGACCCAUUUUCAAUGCCCUGGCUGAGGGAAGGAGGUUCUCACCCAAGAUUUGACGGUACAUGGCCCCGUCCAUCAUCCCUUUGAUGCUGUGAAGUUGUCCUGUCCCCUUAGCAGAAAAACACCCCCAAAGCAUAAUGUUUCCACCUCCAUGUUUGACGGUGGGGAUGGUGUUCUUGGGGUCAUAGGCAGCAUUCCUCCUCCUCCAAACAUGGCGAGUUGAGUUAAUGCCAAAGAGCUCGAUUUUGGUCUCAUCUGACCACAACACUUUCACCCAGUUCUCCUCUGAAUCAUUCAGAUGUUCAUUGGCAAACUUCAGACGGGCCUGUCUAUGUGCUUUGUUGAGCAGGGAGACCUUGUUGGCGCUGCAGGAUUUCAGUCCUUCACGGCAUAGUGUGUUACCAAUUGUUUUCUUGGUGACUAUGGUCCCAGCUGCCUUGAGAUCAUUGACAAGAUCCUCCCGUGUAGUUCUGGGCUGAUUCCUCACCGUUCUCAUGAUCAUUGCAACUACAUGAGGUGAGAUCUUGCAUGGAGUCCCAGGCCGAGGGAGAUUGACAGUUAUUUUGUGUUUCUUCCAUUUGCGAAUAAUCACACCAACUGUUGUCACCUUCUCACCAAGCUGCUUGGCGAUGGUCUUGUAGCCCAUUCCAGCCUUGUGUAGGUCUACAAUCUUGUCCCUGACAUCCUUGGAGAGCUCUUUGGUCUUGGCCACGGUGGAGAGUUUGGAAUCUGAUUGAUUGAUUGCUUCUGUGGACAGGUGUCUUUUAUACAGGUAACAAACUGAGAUUAGGAGCACUCCCUUUAAGAGUGUGCUCCUAAUCUCAGUUUGUUACCUGUGUAAAAGACACCUGGGAGCCAGAAAUCUUUCUGAUUGACACGGGGUCAAAUACUUAUUUCCCUCAUGAAAAUGCAAAUCAAUUGAUAACAUUUCUGACAUGCAUUUUCCUGGAUUUCUUUGUUGUUAUUCUGUCUCUCACUGUUCAAAUAAACCUACCAUUAAAAUUAUAGACUGAUCAUUUCUUUGUCAGUGGGCAAACGUACAAAAUCAGCAGGGGAUCAAAUACUUUUUUCCCUCACUGUAGGUAUUAUUUUCAAUUAACUCUGCAACUCGUCCAUCUAUUGACUUUUUUCACAACUGCCACCAGUUUGGAAACAUUUACAACAAAGACAUGUUGACUUUAAAAUAAACACAAUUGUGAAAAAUAUAAAGGAUAUUUCAUGCUCAAACCCUCAUUUUAAACACCAAUGGCAAUCACUAAUUUGAUGGUUUAUAUUUAGGAUAAUGUUUUACAGAUUUGUCAUUAAUUCUUUAUUUUCAAAUCAUCUUAUUUUACUUCUUGUGUAUAUUUUAGAUGUGAUAAGGCAACACAUAAUUGCCAGACUAAUUAGAGACACCUGUGAUAAUCUGAAGUACCCAAAAAGGUUACUAGAUGUCAUCUUAUAAAAUUCCAAAAAACCUUAAAAGCUACCAAAAGUCUGGUAGUUUACUGGUAAACUUAGAAAGUUUCCAGUAAUAUACCCUCCCUUUGCAACCCUACUCGCAAGCAAGUGAGGCUAUUCUGUGGCACAUCUCCCUCUCUGAACAACACGUCACUCCUAUAGCAUGUCAUUAUCAACUCUCGGCAUAUGAUUCUUUUGAAGCAGUGCUUUUACAUACAGCACUGUCGUUGUGACUGUUUUUUUAAAGGACACUCGUAUACACUACCAGUCAAAAGUUUUAGAACACCUACUCAUACAAUGUAAAAUAAUAUGUAGAAUGUAGAAUAAUAGUGAAGACAUCAAAACUAUGAAAUAACACAUAUGGAUUCAUGUAGGAACCAAAAAAGUGUUAAACAAAUCAAAAUAUAUUUUAUAUUUGAGAUUCUUCAAAUAGCCACCCUUUGCCAUGAUGACAGCUUUGCACACGCUUGGCAUUCUCUCAACCAGCUUCAUGAGGUAGUCACCUGGAAUGCAUUUCAAUUAACAGGUGUGCCUUCUUAAAAGUUAAUUUGUGGAAUUUCUAUUUGGUAAAAGACCAAGUCCAUAUUAUGGCAAGGACAGCUCAAAUAAGCAAAGAGAAACGACAGUCCAACAUUACCUUAAGACGUGAAGGUCAGUCAAUACGGAACAUUUCAAGAACUUUGAAAGUUUAUUUAAGUGCAGUCGCAAAAACCAUCAAGCGCUAUGAUAAAACUGGCUCUCAUGAGGACCGCCACAGGAAUGGAAGACCCAGAGUUACCUCAGCUGCAGAGGAUAAGUUCAUUAGAGUUACCAGCCUCAGAAAUUGUAGCCCAAAUAAAUGCUUCACAGAGUUCAAGUAACAGACACAUCUCAACAUCAACUGUUCAGAGGAGACUGUGUGAAUCAGGCCUUCAUGGUUGAAUUGCUGCAAAGAAACCACUACUAAAGGACACCAAUAAGAAAAAGAGACUUGCUUGGGCCAAGAAACACGAACAAUCGACACACUUAACCAAUGGCACACUUAACCAGCGUGGCUACCACAGUAUCCACACUUCCCAUCCACACUUAACCAGCGUGGCUACCACAGUAUUCUGCAGCGAUACGCCAUCCCAUCUGGUUUGGGCUUAGUUUUCAACAGGACAAUGACCCAACACACCUCCAGGCUGUGUAAGGGUUAUUUUACCAAGAAGGAGAGUGAUGGAGUGCUGCAUCAGAUGACCUGGCCUCCACAAUCCCCCGACCUCAACCAAAUUGAGAUGAUUUGGGAUGAGUCGGACCGCAGAGUGAAGGAAAAGCAGCCAACAAGUGCUCAGCACAUAUGGGAACUCCUUCAAGACUGUUGGAAAAGCAUUCCAGGUGAAGCUGGUUGAGAGAAUGCCAAGAGUGUGCAAAGCUGUCAUCAAGGCAAAGGCUGGCUAUUUGAAGAAUCUCAAAUAUAAAAUAUAUUUUGAUUUGUUUAACACUUUUUUGGUUACUACAUGAUUCCAUUUGUGUUAUUUCAUAGUUUUGAUGUCUUCACUAUUAUUCUACAAUGUAGAAAAUAGGAAAAAUAAAGAAAAACCCUUGAAUGAGUAGAUGUUCUAAAACUUUUGACCGGUAGUGUAUAUGCUAUAAUUCAGUUCAGUCCUUCUAUUGUAUCCACUGACUGACGUAUGCACAGUGUCUAAAUAGCAUACACGCAAAUCCAUGAAAGCUUGUGGCGUCAACACAGAAGUCAACACAGACGUUGUAAGUAAUUAUACAACGGGUCGGUCUAAUCCUGAAUGCUGAUUGGUUAAAACCGCAUUUCAGCUAAAUCUAUGACGUUAAAAAAACUUGAUCUCCACUAUAAAAAGCAUCUAGACAUUAUCUCACAUUUGUUUUAGACUAACGUUUAGUUUUCAACAGCGGAGAUUUAUGUGUUGUACACUGGAUGUCCACCACAAUUCGCAUUGAUGUUGUUUUCAGAACUGGUGUGAAUUGAAAGGUCAUGUGCUCGUGACAUUGGUGGAGUUCACUCUCCACCCUGGUUAAUGCCCUGUUUAAUAGAGGAUAUAGACAGACUGCGUUAGAAAAUGUACAGUGUAUUGCCUGAAACGUUGUUAAAUGGUUUGGAAUAAAUGGAAGGUGAAGUGGGAGUUCUUUUGAAAGUGAAGUAUGCUGCUCAAACUUCCAAUGAACCGUUGAAAGUAUAGGAUGGAUGCUGGCCUUGUGCCACAAUAUAACAACAUUCCUAAAUAUGGUCCUGCUGGUCCACUGUGACUCAAUACUUGUUCUCCCCCUUGUGGUACGCCAGAUAAAGGAGGAUUUCUAAUGGCUAGGAGAACGCUGAAGUCUUCUCGGAGUCCCAUCCCUAGUCAUACAUGAUUUAUUCAUGGUAAAAUAUAUCUCUCUGAACAGCUUCUACUGAUUUGAAUUCUCUCUCUAGGAGGGAGCAAAAGCAGCAUGGGGUGUCCAUUCAAAUUAUAUGAAGCCCCCACUUUGAAACGUCCUCUGUUUGGAUUGGAAUAAAGUCACAGCGACGUAACCAUGUGGAUUAACAUCGGAUCCCCUACAGUUACAAGUGAUUAGACUGACAGACUGUUGGCGUCCGUCUUUCCUCUCGACCCAUUCUCCAUUGUCCCCGGGGGGGGGGCAUUCCCCGUUUCUCCGUGUGUUUGAUUACACAUGGCCCCGGGUCUUGAACAGGAAGCUGUCAGACUAUUAUCCACCAGUGUAGAGUUAGCGUAGCAUGCCUGCUUCCCAUCCAUAAGUGCUCACUGGUGAAUAAGCCUGCAGGCUAACGCCGGGGUGUGAUCUAUAGAGGCCAUCAGGUGACACCCGGAGAGGCACUGCAGCCUGUCUCUCAUUAGGCUGAUUGGCUGUAAUUACACCCUCUACACUGGCCUGAUUCCUCAAUUAUUUAUCUGCCAAUCGUUUCUCAUGGCAGUGAUUUGAUUGCCUCCCACGAGAACAGACAGGGAGGCAGUGUCUGUAAUAUUGGAGUGGUACGACUCUUGACUGUAGAGACCGGAGAGAGAAUUGCGUCUUAGAAUGCUAUCACUUGCAGGUCCCCAGAUGGGACGUGACUGUGUACGCAACACUUGAGCUCGAUGUGACAUGUGUCAGUACACUGUGUACGAAGCGGUUAAUGGUCGCCACAAACAGUAGGCUAAUGGUGACUCACAAGGGCUUUGUGAGAUAAAAUUAUGAACAUAUUUGGUUACAUUUACAUUACAUUUUAGUCAUUUAGCAGACACUCUUAUCCAGAGCGACUUACAGUUAGUGAAUACAUAUUUUUUUAUACUGGCCGCCCGUUGGAAACGAACCCACAACCCUGGCGUUGCAAACGCCAUGCUCUAUCAACUGAGCUACAUCCCUGCCGGCCAUUCCCUCCCCUACCCUGGACGACGCUGGGCCAAUUGUGCGCCGCCCAUGAGUCUCCCGGCUGCGACAGAGCCUGGAUACGAACCAGGAUCUCUAGUGGCACAGUUAGCACUGCGAUGCAGUGCCUUAGACCACUGCACCACUCAGCUAUGGAUGCCUCAAGUGCUCGUAGUUAAAGCAUUUCUAUGGUUUCCUGAAAGGCUCCAAUGCAGAGGUUCUAAUUGCGUUCUAAAUGGCUCAUGGUCAUAGGAUGAUUCACGGUCACUCAGAUCUGGUUCAGGAUUAGCUGUGAUUCAUGGUUACCUGUACACUCUUAGAAAAAAGGGUUCCAAAAGGGAUAUUCGGCUGUCCCCAUAGCAGAACCCUUUUUGGUUCCAAAUAGAACCCUUUUAGGUUAGAGGUAGAACUCUUUUGGGUUCUAUGUAAAACCCUCUGUGUAAAGGGUUCUACAUGGAACUCAAAAGGGUUCUACCUGGAACCAAAAAAGGUUCUUCAAAGGGUUCUCCUAUGGAUUCAGCUGAAGAACCAUUUUAGGUUCUAGAUAGCAUCUUUUUUUCUAAGAGUGUACUUAUAGGGACGUUGCACUGGUUUAUGGGCCCUCUGGCAAAUAUGGUCAGUAGUUUCAUGGUCACAUUGACAAUUUAUAGCACUUAUUAUGCCUAGUGCUGCAUUGGACUCUGUCAUAAGGACUAUCAUGCUACAGUAGCAAUAUGUUACUGUGGUUACCUAAGCAAAGACAUUGUGCAACUGAGGUUUCCUUCCAUCGCAACAGCAAGAUUGAAGCUACAAACAAGGCAACAGAGCACCAACAAAGACAAUUGCAAGACAAGGUCGUACAGCAGGGUUCUUCAAUUGCGGUCCUGGAGGGCCGAAACACUUCUGUUUUUUAUUUCUACCUGGUAGUUAAUUGCACUCACCUGGUGUCCCAGGUCUGAAUUAGCCCCUGAUUAGAAGGAGAGGAUGAAAAACAGAGGUGUUUCGGCCCUCCAGGACCGGAAUUGAAGAACCCUGUCGUACAGUCUCACAGACCUGUGAACAUACAGCUGAAGUCGGAAGUUUACAUACACUUAGGUUGGAGUCAUUAAAACUCGUUUUUCAACCACUCCACAAAUGUCUUGUUAACAAACUAUAGUUUUGGCAAGUCGGUUAGGACAUCUACUUUGUGCAUGACACAAGUAAUUUUUCCAACAAUUGUUUACAGACGGAUUAUUUGACUUAUAAUUGUCAAGUGUCAGUGUGCAGCGGUAGGACGGAGUCAGGCGCAGGACACAGAACUGAGUAAACAACGUACUUUACUCGAAAAAUAAACAACACUAAUUUCCACGCAGGGAAAACACUCCAGCUCACAUAAGUCUUAGACACAAAACAAAGAUCAAACACGCACAAAACCAUGUGGGAACCAGAGGGUUAAAUAGGGAAAUACUUUUACAUUUUUAGCAGACGCUCUCAUCCAGAGCGACUUACAGGAGCAAUUAGGGUUAAGUGCCUUGCUUAAGGGCACAUCGACAGAUUUUUCACCUAGUCGGCUCAGGGAUUAGAACCAGUGACUUUUCGGUUACUGGCACAACGCUCUUAACCACUAAGCUACCUGCCGCCCUAAUAUAAUAAUAUAAUGUCAUGGGAACCAGGUGUGUACAAUAAAGACAAAACAAAUGGAAAAAGAAACGUAGAUCGGUGGCAGCUAGAAAGCCGGUGACGACGACCUCCGAACACCGCCCGAACAAGGAGAGGCACCAACUUCGGCGGAAGUCGUGACAAUAAUUCACUGUAUCACAAUUCCAUUGGGUCAGAAGUUUACAUACACUAAGUUGACUGUGCCUUUAAACAGCUUGGAAAAUUCCAGAAAAUGAUGUCAUGGCUUUAGAAGCUUCUGAUAGGCUAAUUGACAUAAUUUGAGUCAAUUGGAGGUGUACCUGUGGAUGUUUUCAAGGCCUACCUUCAAACUCAGUGCCUCUUUGCUUGACAUGGGAAAAUCAAAAGAAAUCAGCCAAGAUCUCAGAAAAAAGAUUGUAGACCUCCACAAGUCUGGUUCAUCCUUGGGAGCAAUUUCCAAACGCCUGAAGGUACCACGUUUAUCUGUACAAACAAUAGUACGCAAGUAUAAACACCAUGGGACCACGCAGCCGUCAUACCGCUCAGGAAGGAGAUGCGUUCUGUCUCCUAGAGAUGAACGUACUUUGGUGCAAAAAGUGCUAAUCAAUCCCAGAACAACAGCAAAGGACCUUGUGAAGAUCCUGGAGGAAACAGAUACAAAAGUAUCUAUAUUCACAGUAAAACGAGUUCUAUAUCGACAUAACCUGAAAGGCACCUCAGCAAGGAAGAAGCCACUGCUCCAAAACCGCCAUAAAAAAGCCAGACUACUGUUUGCAACUGCACAUGGGGACAAAGAUCGUACAUUUUGGAGAAAUGUCCUCUGGUCUGAUGAAACAAAAAUAGAACUGUUUGGCCAUAAUGACCAUCGUUAUGUUUGGAGGAAAAAGGGGGUUGCUUGCAAGCCGAAGAACACCAUCCCAACCGUGAAACACGGGGGUGGCAGCAUCAUGCUGUGGGGGUGCUUUGCUGCAGGAGGGACUGGUGCACUUCACAAAAUAGAUGGCAUUAUGAGGAAGGAAAAUUAUGUGGAUAUAUUGAAGCAACAUCUCAAGACAUCAGUCAGGAAGUUAAACUUGGUCGCAAAUGGGUCUUCCAAAUGGACAAUGACCCCAAGCAUACUUCCAAGGUUGUGGCAAAAUGGCUUAAGGACAACAAAGUCAAGGUAUUGGAGUGGCCAUCACAAAGCCCUGACCUCAAUCCUAUAGAACAUUUGUGGGCAGAACUGAAAAAGCUUGUGCAAGCAAGGAGGCCUACAAACCUGACUCAGUUACACCAGCUCUGUCAGGAGGAAUCGGCCAAAAUUCACCCAACUUAUUGUGGGAAGCUUGUGGAAGGCUACCCGAAACGUUUGACCCAAGUUAAAUAAUUUAAAGGCAAUGCUACCAAAUACUAAUUAAGUGUAUGUAAACUUCUGACACAAUUGGAAUGUGAUAAAAUAAAUAAAAGCUGAAAUAAAUAAUUCUCUCUACUAUUAUUCUGACAUUUCACAUUCUUAAAAUAAAGUGGUGAUCCUAACUGACCUAAGACAGGGAAUCUUUACUAGGAUUAAAUGUCAGGAAUUGUGAAAAACUGAGUUAAAAUGUAUUUGGCUAAGGUGUAUGUAAACUUCCGACUUCAACUGUAAGUGUUGGCAGAGUGACCCACUGUUUAUUAGCCAGUGGCAACAUCUGUCAGAGCAAAUUCUAGCCAACCUUAAGUCAUUCGACACUUUCCCUUGCCCUCCCUCAAGUUGCGUGCCAACACAAGAAGGCUUUAGGAGAAGAUAUCUGCAGUACAUCUGUGCAGGAUGCUCACAGCUCCUCCAGGGAGAAAUUCCUUACCGUCUGGAUGUAUUAGCUAUGUGUGAGAGAUUCUGCCUGUGUCUGUCUGUAAAUGUUGUGUCUGUCUGCGUUGGGGUUUGUCUGUGUUAAAUGUACGUUUUCACGUUAUACAAUAAAUAAAUAAAUAAAUUACAUUCAAAUAAAUGUUCUAAACAGACUGUUUAGUUUAAUGUGUCAAUUUCACAAACUGAAAACUCCUUCCACGAACCAAGAACUCAAUCAACUAAUCAAUGAAACGUGUUGUCGUGACGUCGUUUUUCAGGGAGUUCGGCAGAUGGAAAGUCAACAGCCUGGCGGUGGAAAGGCGGGAAGGCGGCAGCCGCCUGGCUCCGCCCCUCGACCCUGACUUCAUGCACACAGUCAGGCAGCUGGGGCGGCGGCCCACCCUCCGCAGGAUCACUGAGACCAUUAUCAAGAAGUACGGGACUCACCUCCUGCUGUCCGCCACUCUGGGAGGUACAGUAAACAGAGGCUCCGAACGUUGGUUCCUACUUGACCCGCAUCACAGCAGGAUAGUUCGCUAGGGAGACUGUCUUAGACUCCUUAGACUCCUUAGAAGUGGGUUUUUCUAGAGGGAACUUCAUAUAACGUUUUAUUGUUUUAUUGUAAAAACUGUUACUGAAUGUAAUGUAUGACUCAGUUUCCCAGUGUCUGAGUCAUACAUUACAUUCAGUAACUUAGCUACAACAGAUACUUCUGCAUAAGCGGUAGAUUUUUAGUAACAUAUGUAACGUGGAAAUGACAGUUUGGAUUUUAUGUAUUGUACUGUGUCUUAUGUGCUUGAAAAGCUACUGUGUAUACAUACAGUAAAACGGGGAAGUCAGUUCAGGAUGGUUGUUGAACUGGGGUCAGAUUAAACAUUACGUUCUGCUCAUUGUCUUUCUUCAACACAGUCAAUGAAUAAUCAGAACCUCUCUAAAGGAGAGAUGGGAGAUGAUCACCAUUGAUUAGCGUCUCUGGCUCAGUUAAUAGUCUCCCCUUUCCUAAUUUCCUGUUGCUUUGUAAUCAGGGGAGGAGUCCUUGACGAUAUUUGUGGAUAAGCGGAAGCUGAGCAGCGGCCCGGAACCAGGGGCUGGAGCUGAGGGCAGCAGACACAACAGUACGGGGGCUGGGGCGGGAGCGGGGGCUGGGGCGGUGUCCCUGGAGGCCCUUCACCAGCUGGCUGCCUCCUACUUCACCGACAGGGAGAACACCCUACGCCGGCUCCACCACCUCCAGAUCGCCUCCACCGCCAUCAGGGUAAGAAGAUCCCCUGACUGCCCUCUCUCUGCCUCUGGGCACACGGAGGGGAAGUUAGAUGACAGUAUAGUUACUAUAGGAGGUCAAACUGUGUUAAACCAGGGCUGCUGCUAUGUUUGUUAUGUUUUCUUUUGAUUUUUCUGUUGGGGGAGGCAAGUGGAUAGGUUGCUGGCUACAUUUACUGUUGCCAUUUUAUUUAUGUCAAAUAGUCACGGUGUAGCAUAUUAUUAUUGUCCCUUAUCGUCUCCCUGUGCCGGUUCAGUAUGUAAGCGUUGUUGCAUAGUGUAUCAGAUAUGAGUGCCUUUAUCUCAAGAUGAAAACUGCUGAGAAUGAACAUGUUUCAAGUCAUAAUAAGUUCAUGUGAUUUACGUCAGGCUGUACCCACAUGUGUUCUAAUUAUAUGUUCAAGAGCGAUACAGACAGAUGAACAGGAUUCUGUCAGUAUAGAAUAUCAACAGAAAAAGCAUUUAGGCCAUUGGUGAUCUCUCUCACCAAUAGCAGCUGUUAGUAUGUGAUGAUCAAGAGACAUGCUAGUGGUGUUGUAGUGUUGCCCCACAUACUACAGUACCCCCGAUACUCCAUUCAGUCAUCUGAAAAUGGAUAUUAAAAUAAGUUAAUUUCUCAAUGUGACAGGCAUACCUGAUAUUGAUGAGGAGAAGUGGCCUUCCUAUAGUUAUCCAUCAGGAUGAUUUAUCGGCCCUUAUCUUUCUAUUAAUUUCCGUCCAAGCUAACCACGUUUGUCAGCCAUUUUGUGGAGUGAGCCGAGCGUCAACUGGUCAAGAAAGGGGUUAUGAAUAGGUGUUGAGGGGUGUUAAGCACUGCCAGUUACAUAUAAUCCUUCGUUAAAACACAUAUGGUAGAGAAUAUGGAUGAAAUAUGCGAGAAGUGUUACUGAGGCAUAAAUCUAGAGGUUUUAUUAUGAUUUAUCUGGAUUCCCUUCAUCUAUGUCAGGGAUGGGCAACUCCAGUCCUCGGGGGCCAGAGUGGUGUCACACCUUUUUCCCCAUCCCUACCAAACACAGCGGAUUAAACUGAUUACAGUCUAAAUUGAAGAUCACGAUUAGUUGAUUAUUGGAGUCAGGGGUGUUAGUUGGGGCUGGGGCAAAAGUGUUGACAUCAAUCAGGCCCCCGAAGACUGGAGUUGCCCAUCCCUGCUCUACAUCAUGGUUUAUCACACUACAGAAUGGUUGAAGUAAGACACUGUAAUCAGUUGUGAGUGACCCGAAUUGAGAAACACUGAUUCGCAUGAUCACCCUGAAAUAUUGGUGACUGGGCAGGAAUGAAAGUCCAUUAAUUAUGAACUCUCCACCACCAUUGUACAGCAACUCGCCAACUAAAUGUAUGCUAUUUCAAAAAAAAUAGUUCAACCAACCCUUAUCGUUUCAUUUAGAUGAAUUUACUGAUUUCCAUUGUUGUUUCAAUUAUUCAGUAUCCAGAAAAAGAUUGAUGGUCAGUAUGAGAGAUUUAACAUUGCAAGAUCUUUUUCACUCUUUUUCAACAAAGAUUGAUGUUCUUCCUUUAUGAUAGCCUACCAGAACACACAUACUAUUCAUUAAGUUCCACAGAAUAUUUUCCUGGUUCUUUCUCUAAUGUUCGAGGCAUGAAACAACACCUCAGGAAAUGAAUUCACUUUCAACAUUCAUUUGUUCCCCUACCUCCCCAGGUGACUGAAACCAGGACAGGCCCCCUUGGAUGCAGUAACUAUGAUAACCUUGACUCUGUCAGCUCAGUACUGGUCCACAGUCCAGAAAACAAGAUACAGUUACAAGGUAUGUCCGAAACUAGAACUAAAGACAAAACAUCAAUGAGCAUAGUUUGCAGCCAAAAUAUCAACAGUUGUAUCACUCUGAAAGAACAUCAAAGAGCCAGGUGUGCCUUUCAUGGUUAACACUAAUACAUUUAUUCCCAACAAUGUAGAGGUAAUCAUUUGCAUUAACUCACUACAGCUGGUGCAAAGCAGCAAAGACAGGGGACAGUAGUUCCUAUCUGGAAUCUAAUUGGUUCUCGAGGCUAACCCGCGAGGAACUUUAUCAAACCCCUGGAUGACUUACUUGUAAUUGGUGUCAGAAGUGGGAUAUUCAAAAGCAAUUUAGCAGCAGUGCCUGUUUGCCUUGCCUACUUAUACACCCAAAAAUACUCACCCACGCCUCUCUGACCUACACAGGACUCCAGGUCAUUCUGCCAGCGUACCUGCGGAGCCGCUUCGUCCAGGCAGCCCUCAGCUACAUCGGCUGCAACUCGGAGGGCCAGUUUGUGUGCAGGGCCAGCGACUGCUGGUGCCAGUGCAGCCCGGACUUCCCACAGUGCAACUGUCCACAGACGGACCUCCAGGCCCUGGAGAACAACCUGCUCCGCUUCAGAGAGGCGUGGACACUGGCCAACCAGGAGUUUGAGGAAUCAGGUGUUUACUGGAGUUUAGUUGAAUGUGCAACAGUUCAAUGACCUUGGUGAUGAGCGACAAUUGAGUAGCCUGGGUGCCUGGAUAUUUCUGCUUUAGCCAGCUUGUUACAAUGUAGUGUGGAAUGCAGGAAGUAAAGGUAUUCAGGCUCACAUUCAAUAAGCUUUCAUAUGUGUCGGAAUGAUAAAAAGCACCAUUGUCCAGAGAUAUGGUUGUGGCGAAGGGUGCAUACUAGAUUAAAUACCUUACUGAAGUCGCAUAACAGAAGUGUCUCGUGGGAUUUCUCACUUCCUGGAAACACUUCUGAAAUACGGGAAACAUAGUCAGUUGCACAACGAAACACAUUCAACCCCUCUGAAUCAGAAAGGUGCAAUGGGCCUGCCUUAAUCAACAUCCACAGCACCUGGAUUUAACUGCCUUGCUCAAGGGCAGAUUUCUUUCCAACUUGCCAGCUCGGGAUUUCAAACCAGCUAUCCUUUUGGUUACUAGCCCAACACUCUUAACCGCUAGGCUACCUGUUUUGCCAGAAAUCUUGAUGUAAAAGGUUACCAUGGCAAUAUACAUUACCUUAUUGCGAUAGCAUAGACAGCUGGAAGUGUAUUUUUGCACCCACUUCAACCAUCAUCUCUCACCAUCUGAUAAAUGACCAAUUAGUGACUAAACCAUUCAAUGGUGCACACUACAGACAGGUGGUUAAUAAAAUAUGAAACCUCUUGAAAUGGACUCCCGAGUGGCGCAGCGGUCUAAGGCACUGCAUCUCAGUGCUUGAGGCGUCACUACAGACCCCCUGGUUCGAUUCCAGGCUGUAUCACAACCGGCCGUGAUUGGGAGUCCCAUAGGGUGGUGCACAAUUGGCCCAGCGUCGUCCGGGUUUGGCCGGUGUAGGCCGUCAUUAUAAAUAAGAAUUUGUUCUUAACUGACUUGCCUAGUUAAAUAAAGGUAAAAAUAUUAAAUAAAAUAACAACAGUUCUGCAAUCCAUCAAGUUAAGAAGAAAUUAACAAUACGAGCAAUCUGAAACAGUAGCUCUGAACAUGUUGUUGUGCUGUAGUUUGUUUACUUUUCUGGGACAGACAAAAACAAUGAGAACAGACACACUGCUCUCACAUGUUGUAAUUAUUACCCAACGGCUCACGUGGCGCCCGGCCAGAACCAAACUUCACUUAUUCAUGUUUUUUUAUUUUGUUUUUGUUUUUUAGAGGAGUUCCAAAGCUUCGUUGGAAGGCUGCCAACCCAUUACGCCGUGAACAAAUCUGUCGUGGAGCACUUGUGGAGGACGGAUGGGGGUCUGCUCCAGCGCUACAGGCAGCUGGAGACCACGAGAGGCCUGCUCCUCGACAAAGCGCGCCACACCGCUAACAAGCUCUUCAGCCUCAUUAAGAGAUGCCGCCAUCAGCCCAGAAUAGUGCUGCACAGGGAGAGGUAUCGAGUAUUUUUUUUGUAUAUUUUCAUUAACCCGAGGGUUUCCCCCCUAAAAAACGUCCUUGUCUUGUAAUUAUGCAAAUGGUAUUUAUGCAUUAUGCGUUAAAGAAAGGCACUUUUGAAAAAAAAACAAAAGAAGAGGAGAAGUUUUAGGAGACAAGAGGUGCUGACGGACGAAAUUGAGUCUCACCUGGGAAAAGAUGUGGUACCUACUCACUAGGCCACAAUAAGUCUUCAGAUAGUGUCACAUGUCCACACUCAGAAAAGAGUAUCAAGAACAAACUUUUUGGCAUUCAAAUGUUUAGCUGCUCUUUAUCUUAUGAUAAUGGUAACCGCUUUUACUCUCUCUCUUUCAUUAACAGUCAAAACUACAGUCUGAAGAACAUUCAAAUUAUAAUUUGCAUAGCCUGGACCCAGAUCCGUUUGUGCUGUUUUACCAGGCUGGCAAGAUAGUACAAACAGAUCUGGGACCAGGCUAUCAUUUGUACUGUAUCUGUAUACUAUUUCUAAGUAGACUAUAAAUGGUUCAUGCACUGUGACUAAUGUGGCUCUUGGUCCACCCGAACCCCCGAGACCUGACCUGACCCUAGAAGUCCUCUAGCUCCCGGUUAAGCCCUACGUAAUGUUACCUGGUCCACCCGAACCCCCGAGACCUGACCUGACCCUAGAAGUCCUCUAGCUUCCGGUUAAGCCCUAAGUAAUGUUACCUGGUCCACCCGAACCCCCGAGACCUGACCUGACCCUAGAAGUCCUCUAGCUUCCGGUUAAGCCCUAAGUAAUGUUACCUGGUCCACCCGAACCCCCGAGACCUGACCUGACCCUAGAAGUCCUCUAGCUUCCGGUUAAGCCCUAAGUAAUGUUACCUGGUCCACCCGAACCCCCGAGACCUGACCUGACCCUAGAAGUCCUCUAGCUCCCGGUUAAGCCCUAAGUAAUGUUACCUGGUCCACCCGAACCCCCGAGACCUGACCUGACCCUAGAAGUCCUCUAGCUUCCGGUUAAGCCCUAAGUAAUGUUACCUGGUCCACCCGAACCCCCGAGACCUGACCUGACCCUAGAAGUCCUCUAGCUUCCGGUUAAGCCCUAAGUAAUGUUACCUGGUCCACCCGAACCCCCGAGACCUGACCUGACCCCUAGAAGUCCUCUAGCUUCCGGUUAAGCCCUAAGUAAUGUUACCUGGUCCCACCCGAACCCCCGAGACCUGACCUGACCCUAGAAGUCCUCUAGCUCCCGGUUAAGCCCUAAGUAAUGUUACCUGGUCCACCCGAACCCCCGAGACCUGACCUGACCCUAGAAGUCCUCUAGCUUCCGGUUAAGCCCUAAGUAAUGUUACCUGGUCCACCCGAAACCCCCGAGACCUGACCUGACCCUAGAAGUCCUCUAGCUUCCGGUUAAGCCCUAAGUAAUGUUACCUGGUCCACCCGAACCCCCGAGACCUGACCUGACCCUAGAAGUCCUCUAGCUUCCGGUUAAGCCCUAAGUAAUGUUACCUGGUCCACCCGAACCCCCGAGACCUGACCUGACCCUAGAAGUCCUCUAGCUUCCGGUUAAGCCCUAAGUAAUGUUACCUGGUCCACCCGAACCCCCGAGACCUGACCUGACCCUACAAGUCCUCUAGCUCCCGGCUAAGCCCUACGUAAUGUUACCUGGUGUACCUGUUAUUAGUUACUUCAGUCUUCCAGAGCGGCUUUCCUUUUAACAUAACUUCACUGUGCUGCAUUCCUCUCGCAUGACAUCUCUGUAUUGAUGGCCAUUCUUUGGAGGAAAUUAACUACAUUACACAAUCCUUCAGUACUGCUGCCAAGCACUCUGCUUCCUCAAACCUCAAUCCAAUUACACUGCUUUAUCACACCCUUCUGGUCAUAAAGGGGGAUUUGAUGGAGGUUAAUUAUUAGACUGGUCAAUUCUUUCUGCAUGUGAUCCUAUGAAAUGUUUUUUUGCAUAGUUUAUUUGCUCUCUAAUUGUACUGGGUGGUUAGUAUGUCAUAUUCAUACAUUGAACAAAAAGUCUGUGUGUGUGUGUGUGUGUGUGUGUGUGUGUGUGUGUGUGUGUGUGUGUGUGUGUGUUUGUGUGUGUGUGUGUGGUUGGCUCUCUCAGUCAGCACCCACCUGCCUACUCAGGGGGAAUUCACAACUAGACUAAAAUGUUCAUUUUGGUCUGAUUUGCCUUGCAUUCCAGCAGCUGAGCCUACAAGAGCGGAGAUGGGGCUUCUGCUCUGCCUAUCCUACUUAAUUGACCGAUAUUGUUGCUGUGAAUGUGCAGUAUGAAUCCUAUUGUGUCUGAUGAGAUGUUUUUCACAUAUUUUCAUAGACAGAAAAACAAAUGAAAAAUGUACGUUCACCUACAGUAUGUUCCGUCCUCCGUCCUCAGACCCCUCCGCUACUGGCUGAGCUACAUCCUGUCCCUCCUGUACUGCAGUGAGAACGACCACAUCGGCGUGUACUCUGAGGAGACCAGGAGCUGCUCCUGCCCCUACCACCACCCUCCCUGCCAGGGCCCCGUCCCCUGCUCCGUGGGAGACGGCCCCCGCUGCGCCUCUUGCUCCGCCGAGAACCGCACCCGCUGCUCCAGCUGCAACCAGGGCUUCUUUCUGGGCCAGGGGCUCUGCCGGCCCGCCGUGCCAGACCCCACGGACCCCUACCUGGGUUUGGAGAGCGACCGCGACCUUCAGGACCUGGAGCUGCGCUACCUACUCCAGCGCCAAGACCCGCGCAUCGCCCUGCACGCCGUCUUUGUCAGCAGCGACGUGCGCCUCAACGCCUGGUUCGACCCGUCGUGGCGGAAGAGGAUGCUGCUGACGCUGAAGAGCAACCGCUACAAGUCCAACCGCGUGCACAUGCUCCUGGGGGUGGCGCUCCAGGUGUGCCUGACCAAGAACAGCACGAUGGAGCCUGUGCUGUCCGUGUUCGUCAACCCGUUCGGAGGCAGCCACUCGGAGAGCUGGACCAUGCCCAUCGGCCAGCACGGCUACCCCGACUGGGAGAGGACCAAGCUGGAUAUCCCCCUGGACUGCUACAACUGGACCUUGACGCUGGGCAACCGGUGGAAGAGCUUUUUCGAGACAGUCCAUUUCUACCUGAGGAGCCGCAUUAGGGAUUUGGGGCCAGGGUCGGAGGUUGGGGGACACAGAAACGCUAGUAGAGUGUACUUUGAACCACCAGAGGGCGCCGUGGAACCCGUGGAGGCGUAUUCAUCCCAGAACAUGGGCUACAUGAAGAUUAACAGCAUGCAGCUGUUUGGAUACAGCAUGCACUUUGACCCAGACGCAAUCCAGGACCUAAUCCUGCAGCUGGACUACCCAUACACCCAGGGAUCCCAGGACUCAGCCCUGCUGCAGCUGGUAGAGGUCCGCUACAGGGUCAACCGCCUCUCCCCUCCAGGGUCUCAGCCCAUGGACCUGUUCUCCUGUCUGCUCCGUCAAAGACUGAAACUGUCCAGUUCAGAAGUGACCAGAAUACUGGCUUCUCUACAGGCUUUCAGUGCCAGACAACCAAACUCUGUGGAGUACGAGGCAACCAAACUAUGUAGUUAA